AGAUUUGCAAUUGCGCUUUACAUGUACUUGAGAUUUCCCCCUCUACCGAUAGCAAGGAAAUAGAUAAUUGACAAUGACAAUGUUCAAGAAGUAUCGGCUGCUGUUGUUAGUAAUACUCUUAAUAGGGAAUCAUAUCGGUGUUGAUGGAAAUAUAUGCAAAAAAUCAUUGGAAACAUUAAGGAUUGUAGAGACCUGUCCUUCUACAAAAUCGGAAUGGGAAUCUGCUGCACAGAGAAAGAAUUGUGAAUUUCAUGCAAGAAAUCAAAGCUGCUCUGAACCUUCAAAAUUUAAAUAUCAUUGUGUUAGUAACGUUUUCUUUAAUGAAACAAUGGAAGUCUGCGCACCAGAAAGAAAGAUAAUCGGUCAUUGUCCUGAAUUCAAUACACAAGGGGCUACAAUUCAAAAUAAUUAUGACCGAGCGUUGAAAUGUAAUAACCUCUCACAAGGAUGUCCUAUAUUUCUUUCUACAGAUACCUAUCUAUAUUCUGAUUGUUAUCCAGACAGGAUAACAACAACAAAAGAAAAUUUCAAUUUGAGUAAUACAACAGAGUCACAAAACAGUAUAUUAGUAUUGGUGCUUAGUGUUGUAUUUGCAGUUUUUUUCCUAUUAGCCAUUGCUGGAUUCAUUUUUCUCAUUCGAAAACGACGUCAGAAAAAUGGAAGAAUUAAAAGAAAAUUGGGAAAAACUUGUUGGCAAAAGAAUAACAGACGAAAGACGAAUAAAUCUUCAGUUAUAAGAAAGGAGAAAUUCCAUCAAAUGUCAACUGUGGAGGACAAAAACACAUGCUUCACAAAAACUACAUACAAGAAAACCCGGGUGGAAAAAUCAUAGGCUUGCUUUAGCGAGGGAUUUUGACUGAUAUGAAAUUGAUUUAUUUGUGUUUAAAGACAAGUACGCAACGCCUAUACCUAGCACAACACAUGUUUUAUUUGAAAAACAAUAAUAACUUUUUAAUCGUUGAUGAACAAUCAUAUUCAAAAGAUUAAAUAUUUGAUCGCUUUUCACGCGGUUUCUUGUAAAUUUAAUUUGACUCUAAAAUAUGUUCAAUCUACACCAAUAAUUAAUGGCUGUGCUAAUAACUUUUGUAAGACGAAUGUGCUAUUAUAUUUUUAUGCUUUGUAUAAUCAUAUAUAUGUAUAAGCAUUUAUUAUUAUUAUUUGCUUUUUUUUAUAGAACAUAGUUUUCCAUGUAUGGAUAAUUGUCUUGUUUUUGGGUAUACCAAGGACGUUAACGCAAUUGGAAACACAUGAUAAAUUUUGCAUAGGAGAGUUUGGAGUUAACCUCGAGUUCGCGCAAUUUGUCAACGUUCCAAACU